AUGUCUCAUAUUCUGGAGCGCGUCGGAGAAACCCUACACAAUGCCAAGUCGAAUGCUCGCGACAUGGCCUCUGUAUCCAAGUCAUUAGCCGGGGAGAAGCUUUUGAAUGUGCCAUAUGUCGAUCUAACAAUUCAGUUCAUUGGUGCAUCUGGUCUUCCGAAGAUGGAUGUUGUUGGGUCUGCUGAUCCUUAUUUCGUUGCAAAGUUGGAUAAUCGAAUUUCAUUCGUCUCCACUGUGAAGGUCAACACGUUAACGCCUGUAUGGAACGAAAUUUGGCGUGUUAAGAACGUACCCUCAACCGUCGAUCUCAGUGUUGAAGUUCUCGACAAAGACCUCGGAACCCCGCAUGACGAUUACAUUGGAAAGUUCAAAUGCUCCGUGGCACCAGGAGCGAAAGAAGUUGAACUUGAAGGACCAUUAUUAAGGAGGAACAAUAGGGGUACAUUCUGGCUGAAGAUUGAUGCACAACGCUCAAACGACAAGCAAUAUCCCUUCUUAUUUGAUGGUCCCAUACGCUAUUCUAGACACUCCUCACCUACCGUCGGUUUAUUCACGAAUUCAGAAGGCAAGAAUGGAAGAUUGUACUCCACUUGGAAGAUGUAUAUUGUCGGUGUCAGGGUCCAUUUUCAGGAUCAUCUUCAACCUUGGAAUCGGAAGUACAAAGCUGCACAAAGCAUCUUCCAAGGCCCCGCUUCCAUCGCUGUACGAUCUCCUAUUCAGGCCGGUCAUCGCAUGCUCUACGCACGGAGCACCUAUAAUGGCUUCGGCCUCAUCGAGAAACGAGAGGACUUUAUGGAGCUGCUCCAUUCCGAGAUCGCUCGUAUUCCAUGGCAUGAGACCGAAUUGACGAAAGAGGAGACUAGACUAGCCAGAAGCUCUAGUCCUGGUCCCUUCGCUAAACGAGUCAAGCCAGCAGUGUACACUUACAUCAUUUCGGCCGAAGACGAAUCCUUUCGGUUUUCCGAAACAGGCGCAGCUUUCUUCGUCGAUUUCGCUUCGAAACAUGCCCUUCACGCUAACUGCGCUGAGGCUGUGCGGUAUUCUGGCGAGUUCCAUCCACGCCCCAAGGGUGGGUGGGGUGCGUUCUCGGAUGCCAUCCCCGACGAAGAAGUGGAGUGGGAGCUGGUUUUCGAUAAUAAUAGCGGGACCUACGCCCCUGAUAAGGAUCUCCUGCCCAAUUUGAAGGCGCUGUUUGAACAGAACUUUCCAGGAUUCAAUAUCUUUGCGUUGGAUCGCGACGAUGAGGAACUUACUCAAAGUAGGGAGGCGUGUCGCGACUAUGCUUUGAGGUGUAGAGGAGUCAAGAACGAGGAGCUACAGCCGCAUGCCGGGGCCGGUGAGGUAACCCUCAUCAGUCAUGCAUCCGCCAAGGCCAUGCACAUACGCCCGAAACUAGAAGGAGAGAAGGAAAUGUAA